CCAGCAUAAAUAUUCUCCAUCAAUCACUCAAAAAUUUGCACCACUAGCUCUUCCACAACAGCAUCAAACAAAUAAUUCCAAUGAUGAUGAUGAUGAGCAACAACCCAUCCUUUAAGAAAACCAAUUCAUUUCCCUUAACAACCCAACAAGCACCAAACUCCCAGGAUCAACCAACCAGCUACUGGAGAUCUCCCCAUCAUCAUCAUCAUCAUAAGAUUGAAUUCCCUACAUCCCCUGAGGUUCCCGAGCAGGGAGACCAAAUCUUCCAUGCUGCUCACCCGCAACAUCCCAUCUCCCAAACGUACCUCCCCGACCUCUUCACCUGCGCUUCCUGCAAGGAAUUCGGUUCCGGCCUCCGAUUCACCUGCACUGACUGCGACUAUCAGCUGCACGAUUUUUGCGCCUUAGCCCCUCCUGCUCUUAAGAGACACCCCAUCCACCCUCUUCACAAGCUCAUUUUCUUUCACAAACCUGGUGGAAUAUUGAAAUCGAGGUGCGAUAUCUGUGACAAGCCAACCAAAGGAAGCGUUUUCAAGUGCACUAUCUGCAGUUUCCAGAUGCACCCAUGCUGUGCAAUGUUGUCAACUGAAAUCUUCAACAUAUCACUCCAUCCACACACUCUAAGGCUCUUGUCAAUGCCUGGCCAGUCAUCGAAUGGCGACCCUGCUGGCUUGGCCUGCGGUGAGUGCAAUCGGAGGAGAUCAGGGAGAGUGUACCGUUGCACCAUCUGUGAUUAUCAUCUCCACGCAGUGUGCGCUAAGAACAUGGUGAAUGGACUUCGAGCCAAUGGGCUCAAAGGCAUCGAAAAGGCGAGCAUGAUAGGGACUGCAGCCAAGGUUGCUUCUCAAGUGGUGAAGGAAUUCAUUGGAGGGCUCAUUGAAGGGCUUGGAGAAGGGGUUGGACAAGUCCUGAUUCAAUCUGCUGCUAGGGGAUCAAGGUGCCACAUUAAUAGCUCACCUAGAAUUGCAUAAAACGUUUCUUAAGUUAUAUAUAUAUAUAUAUAUAUAUAUAUAUGUACAUGUUUUGUUGUAUAAGCUAUCAUAUAUGUUCAAUAUUUUUUGUUUGUUUGUUUAACAGUUGAUGGAAGCUCUGAGUUAUAGUUUGCAGAUGGGAAAGUGUUGCAGCAAUUGGUUUAUACAUAUAUAUCACUGAUUGAUUCCGUCAAGUAUUAUUAUUACGAUUAAAUGAUAGUAUAUGGUUUCUGUAAAUUAUUUUUUAUUCCAAUAUAAUUAAUGAAAUUGAACCCAACAUUCUAGAGUUUUUAGUC